AUGGCCGACAACAACUCCAAUGCCGCCCUGGCGUGGGCGUGGACCAUCGGCUGGUGGAUUUGCUAUCCUAUUGGCGUUGUGGUGUGGUACCUGGCUGUGGUGGUUUUGUUUAUACUGAAUCUGCUGUACCGACCUGUUGCCUUCUUGCUGCAGCCGUUCGUUUAUCUGGGCCGCUUCAUUCUGGCUUGUCUCGUAUUCCCGUUCACCCUCGCGGCGAGACUGGAGACAAUCUACAUCUACCUUGGCGUCGCUGCCAUCGUUGGACUCUUAGGUGGAUUGUUUAUGCGCGGCAUCUACAACACUGUCAAGUCGAUCCUCCAUCUCGAUGCUCGUCCAGAGCCAAAACUUCGCUCCGCAAAGCAGUACCGCGAAGAGAAGCGCAAGCAGAAGAUGAAGGUCGAAUUGCCUCCCCUCCUCUCCCCUGGCCAUUUGUCACCUGGACCACUUUCACCUGGCUACCUCAGCCUGUCGGACAGUGCCCGCAAAGGCAAGCAGAAGGGACUUCUUGCGCAGACUAUCAUGGAAGAAGAAGACUCCGACUUUUGA